AUGUCGAGAGUAAGGAAGGACGAUUCAGACGAUGAAGAAUGGAACGUUGACAAACAGGCUAGCUCUGCAAAGCGCCUGAAGGGUCGAUCGUCUAGAACUACAGAACUGACUGACAGAGAAAGCUUGGUUGCUAGCAUCACGGAAGUGGCAGGAACGCUACGUCUUGGAGACCCUCAAAAUCAGCCAAAAUUGUUACAGAAUGUUACUCUUCGUAAUUACCAGGCAUGGCCUUACUACCUGUUUCUUGAAGGCGUACGAUGGCUGGCUAGCAUAUAUAGAUCCAACGUAAAUGGGCUAUUAGCUGAUGAGAUGGGACUGGGCAAAACUAUUCAGGCUAUUGGGCUCAUUGCUCAUUUGCACGAGACAUCCAUCAAGAGGCAUUUGACUUUGGUCAUUGUUCCUGUGUCGGUUCUUGACAAUUGGGCGGACGAACUCUCAAGAUGGGCACCAGCCUUGAAAUUCAUAUCACAUCAUGGAACGCGUCCAGAACGUGAUGCUCUCCGUUCGCAAAUCACAAACGAUGUCAAUGUCAUUGUCACGACACCCGAGACUUUCAAUGCUGACGUGGAAUACUUUGGCACAUUGUCCUUGCACUUGGUGAUUGUGGAUGAGGCUCACCGGCUUAAGAACAGAAGCUCUCUCUUUUAUCAAAACUUAGAAGCACUGGAUAUACCUCAUAGUGUUUUACUCUCUGGCACGCCGAUACAAAACAAUCUGUAUGAGCUAUAUGCCAUGCUUCGCUUUUCAAAUCCUCAGAUAUGGGGAGACCAAGUCGAUCGCUUCCUUGAGUGGUUUGAUCCUGGACGAGUCAGUGCAGAUGAGAAGCAGGAGAGAAUGGAUCAGUUGAAAGAGUUGCUAAAACCGUUCAUGUUGAGGAGGAACAAGAAGGACGUACUAACGUUGCCAGAGCUUACAGAAACUGUCAUUUACACUCCGCUCACCAAGAUUCAGCGUGCCCAAUAUAAAUCACUUUUAUCGAAAGACCCAACAUUAUUCGACAAGACCCAACGAUCAAAACUACUGAAUGUCUUGUCUCAACUACGCAAAUGUGUAAACCACCCGUACAUGUUUUCAGGUGUCGAGCCCGAGCCAUACGAAGCUGGCGAGCAUUUGGUUGAUGCUUCGGGAAAGCUCGUCAUUGUGGAUCGCUUAUUGAGUGAACUCAAGAAACGUGAUCGUCGAGCACUCAUAUUUUCACAAUCGACACAUAUGCUGGAUGUCUUGCAAGACUAUCUCACCUAUAGAGAAUACUCCUAUGAAAGAUUGGACGGGUCUGUACGUGGGGAAGAACGUAAUCUCGCAGUUAAGACAUUUUCAAAAGCUACUACGUUUGUGUUCCUGCUGUCCACACGAGCUGGAGGCGUUGGACUCAAUUUGACCGCAGCAGAUACUGUCAUUUUCAUCGAUUCGGAUUGGAAUCCUACAAUGGAUCAGCAGGCCAUGGCACGAGCUCAUCGGAUAGGCCAAACCAAGACCGUUCAGGUAUUCAGACUUCUGGCGCGUGACACCGUAGAAGAAAUCAUCUAUCGCAGAGCUACGAAAAAGUUGGCUCUCUCACGAGAUAUUAUGAAGGGUGUUGAAACCUCCGUCCCGGAUGAAUCAUCGAGUGCUCCAAAUGGGACUGACGAGCUAGUCUCCAUGCUACAAUUUGGUUUGAAGAAGGUCAUGUCUGAUGAAGAAUUAGAAGAUGACAUGACAAUUCAACAAAUCUCUGACUUGUUGGAUGGGAAGAGUAUUGAUGAUGCUGCGAUACAGACACUACUUGAAGUAUCAGAAGAUGAAAAUUCACCUGAAAACUUUUAUAUGUAUGAGGGUCAUGAUUAUAAGGCAGACCAGGUAGCCUUUGAAAAGCUCAAGGAAGAUGCCUUUAAGAAAGAGUUUACUGUGUCCAAGCGCAAACGAUCUCCUGCUGAAAAUGACGAAGAAUUCUCUGCACAAGAUGAAGCUGAUCGCGUUAGACGCAAAGCUGAAAAUGCUGCAAAGAAACAUGAGAGAAAACUUACUAAAUGGGCAGAGAAUGGAUACGAGAGUAGAUCCCUGGAAGUUGUAUCGAAACAAGAUCAAAAUGUGCCGGAUGGUGAUGUUGUUGAUGAUGAGGGAGAUGAUGGUCGUUUGAGUUUUGUCAGUGGAGAUGUAUCACGUCCACAUGUGAAUGACGGACGCCAAGCAAUCAUUAUACAUGUCUGUGAUGAUUCUGGGUACUGGCCAGGUAAAGGGGUGUUUGCCGCACUAUCUUCUCUUGGCAACUGCUCCGAAUACUAUGAAGCAGCGUCAGAAAACGACGACUUGCUUCAAGGUUCAGCUCACCUGAUUGAGUCAUCAAAACAACCCAAUAUACAUGUUGCUCUAGCAGUCGCUCAGAAACGGAGUCGUGAUAAUUCAAUCAGUCCUAUUCGCUUCCCGGACUUAGAGCAGGCUCUGAAUAGUAUCGCAAAAGCUGCCAAGUCGUUGCAUGCAUCUAUUCAUUUGCCACGUCUGGGGCAGACGACGCCUGGAUUUGACUGGUACAAGACUGAGAGGCUGAUCAGAAAGUGUCUUGUUAAUCAGGGACUGCCAGUCUCGAUAUACUAUUAUCAACGAGGCGGACGUGGCUCGUCAAGACCACAUCCGCGAACCUUCAAGGCUUACGACGACGAUGAUGUAGUAAUGGUCGACGAGGCUUCGUCAUCAUCGAGACACCAACCAAACACAGACACGAGUCCGUCUGAAAGUGGCUCAGACACAGAGCUUGAAGAUGAGCUCGAGAAUGAUGUGUCAUCUAAAUACAUCAAACAACCAGACAGCCAUCGCACAAAUAGUACUAAUAGUACAAACAGUGUAUUUACGGUGCCCAAUCCGUUCCUAGAUGUGCUGGAAGGAUGCAUUAUCCAUCUGGUUGGUAUAUCGUCACCAGAUUUGGAACGUCAAUUUGCACGCCGUGUGAUCGCAUAUGGUGGUGAAAUUUCCAUGCAGGUCUCUGAACAUGUGACACAUUUGGUUUGUGGGCAUGAUGAAGCUGCUGUAUCAAACUUGCUGGAACAUGCAAAUUUGGGUCCAGAAACCCAGAUUGUGCCAUUGGAUUGGUUGGUUGAUAUGCUUGUACCUGCUAAGUAG